CCCUCCCGGCAGCCCCAGCCCCGGCGAGCGCCCAGUUAGCCGCUUCCAGCAGGGGCUCCGGAGAGCAGCUCGGCAGCCCCGGCCGGGCAGCCGAGGCCAUGGCAGCCUCCACAGGUUGCUGAUCGCGGCCGGGCAGCUGCAGCAGCGACUGCAGAGGCGCUGCGCCAAGCCGGGCCGGAGCGGUGCGAGCCCGCGCGGCCGCAGAGGGCGAGCGGACUCAGGGUUGUUGGGAGGCGUCGAUGGCGGAAUACGGGAAGCCCCGAGCCACACGCCAGCAGGCACUCUGGGAAGGUGACGCCAAGACUAGCCCAGCGUAAUUUGGGGGUCCUGGUCCUGCUCCGGGAGCCUCCAGCCUGCAGCCCCCGCUGAGGAGGGCGGACCGGGGUCUGAGUGUCAGGGACCCGGGGGGCCGGCAUGUAGCGUAGAGGACUCGGUGCUGCCGGGGGUCGGGCGGCGCUGCCGAUGCCUGUGUGACCUUGGGCGAGGCCUCUGCUCCGUGCCCACGGUCGCCCACCUGGAGAGCACGGGGUUGGACUGAUGAUCUCUGGCUGCCCUGAGGCUCUGCCAGUCAUUUUAAGUCGGGUGCCCGGAGCCAGCUGCGGCCAGAGCCUGGCCUGCCAGGCCCUUGCUCCGUCCUGGGUGCCCUGCUGAAGGGUGAAAGGAGAAGCCAUGCCGGGCAGCGGCCCCAGCGAGAGGAUGACGUGGCCCGGCCCGGCCCUCGCCGCGGCCCCCCCAAUGCGCCCUCUCUCCUCAGCCCCGGGGACACCACCCAUCCCACCCCUCACCCGGACCCGCAGCCUCAUGGCCAUGUCCCUGCAGGGCAGUCGACGGGCCUCUGCUGGAUCCCGCAGUGGGGGCGCUUUGGGCCGCAGCGGCCUGGCAGUGCUCGCCCAGUGUCCGCAGCUGCCCACCAGCCAGAACGAGCACCUGCCCCUUCUUCCCGCCUCCAGGCGCACCUCUCCGCCCGUGAGCAUGCGGGACGCCUACGGCACCUCCUCUCUCAGCGGCAGCAGCACCUCGGGCUCCUGCAAGGGCAGCGAUGGUAGCCCCACGCCCAGGCGCUCCAUGAAGUACAUGCUGUGCAGCGACAACCACGGCAUCAAGCCGCCCACCCCGGAGCAGUACCUGACGCCGCUGCAGCAGAAGGAGGUGUGCAUCCGGCACCUGAAGGCCAGGCUGAAGGACACGCAGGACCGGCUCCAGGACCGGGACACGGAGAUCGACGACCUGAAGACACAGCUGUCGCGCAUGCAGGAGGACUGGAUCGAGGAGGAGUGCCAUCGCGUGGAAGCCCAGCUGGCCCUGAAGGAGGCCCGCAAGGAGAUCAAGCAGCUCAAGCAGGUCAUCGACACCGUCAAGAACAACCUGAUGGACAAGGACAAGGGGCUGCAGAAGUACUUCAUGGACAUCAACAUCCAGAACAAGAAGCUGGAGACGCUGCUGCACAGCAUGGAGGUGGCCCAGAACGGCACGGCCAAGGAGGACGGCGCCGGGGAGUCAGCAGGCGGCUCCCCCGCCCGCUCCCUCACCCGCAGCUCCACCUACACCAAGCUGAGCGACCCGGCCGUCUGCGGGGACCAGCCCCCCGGGGACCACCCUGGUUCCUCCACGGAGGACGGGGCUGACAGUGGCUUCGCGGCCAACGAUGACGCCAUGAGCCGGACGGACGUGCUGGAGGCCAGCAGCCUGCUGUCGUCGGGGGUGGACUGCGGCCCCGAGGAGGCCUCGCUGCCCAGCUCCUUCAGCCUGGGGCCCCGCUGCCCGGCCAGCAGCACCUACGAGAAGCUGCUGUGCGGCAUGGAGGCCGGCGUGCAGGCCAGCUGCAUGCAGGAGCGCGCCAUCCAGACAGACUCGCUGCAGUACCAGCCUGACCUCGACACCAUCCUGGAGAAGGUGACCCAGGCCCAGGUCUGCGGGACGGGUCCCGAGUCGGGGGGCAGGUGCCCGGAGCCGGAGCCCCACCCCCCAGGGCCCAGAGACCCCAACUCAGCGGUGGUGGUGACGGUGGGUGAUGAGCUUGAGGCCCCGGAGCCCAUCACCCGCGGGCCGACCCCACACCGGCCCGGUGCCAACCCCAACCCCGGCCUGUCGGUGAGCGUGGCGUGCCCCGUGGAGGAGGAGGAGGAGGCGGCCGAGCCCAAGAGCUACUGGAGCCGCCACUACAUUGUCGACCUGCUGGCCGUGGUGGUGCCCGCGGUCCCCACAGUGGCCUGGCUCUGCCGCUCCCAGCGGCGCCAGGGCCAGCCCGUUUACAACAUCAGCUCCCUGCUGCGGGGCUGCUGCACGGUGGCCUUGCACUCCAUCCGCAGGAUCAGCUGCCGCUCGCUGAGCCAGCCGGGCCCCAGCCCCGCCGGCGGCUCCCAGCUCUGAGGCCUUCCUGGCCAGGGGCUCGGGCGGCCUGACCCGAAUGUCGGGGUGCCGUCCUCCCUCUCGCCCAUCCCCGUGGGGCAUCAUCUUACUUAGUUCUGGGCUCGGAAGUGGUGUUUUCUGGAUGUUAACAGUGUGGGGGCUGGGCGUCGGAGCCUGGACAGGGGAGAGGGGAAGAGAGACCAAAGGCGGGAGGCCCGCUGUAGGACCGAGUGCAGGGGGGUCCUCACCCCGGCCCCUCCGCUCAGCCCUUCACAAGGGCGGCCCCUGCUCAGGAAGUCUCUGGUGUACUGAGCCGGAGAGGCUGGACCUCAGUUGCCCGCUUCAGUCUCCCCAUCCUCCACCCCCCACAUCCUGUUCAGUUCCCUGAUCACUCCACACCACCCCUGCCCUCAGCCCGGCGUCUGGACCAGUAUUAUCUCCUCAGGUGCAGGCAGCUGCGACCCAAAGUGCAGGCUCCUGACCCAGGACUGCGAGCAGAGCCUGAACUGCCGGGCCCGGCUGGAGCCCCAGCCCCUCAGACUGCUCCACACUUGGGCGAAAGGUGGAGAUGGGCAAGAGGGGCAGAGGGCAGUGUGGGUUCUGCAUCUGUCGGCCCCAGACCUUCCCUGCGGUCCACUUUCCUCCUGACACGUCUGGGCGUCAGAUAAUGCUUCCUGUGAGAGCUAAGCCAGACGGCUCGGUGCUGGGGGAGGAGGCUCCCCUCCAGGGUGCCAGCACGAGGAGAGGCGGCGGGCUGGCAGCCCGGGCCCCUCCGGCCUGAGAUGAGGCCCUGUGGUCUGGGAGGCCGGGCUGCACUCAGCAGUCCUCAGCUGGUGUGGACAGCCAAGGCCAUGACGGCCCUGGAGCGCACCCCGACUUUCUCUGGGGCCUCAGGCCCCACGUCUGCUUUGCACUGUGCUCACUCGGGGGCUUGGUUCUCAUGUAUCCGGACCUCCUGAAAGGGGGCUGCUUACUGUCUAGGGUGAGGGUUCCUGGCUCUUAGACUCAUGUGCCUCAGGGGGAAUUACUGCAGGAUGAAUGGCAAGACGGAACUGAAGCCAUGUUGUCAUCCAAGCCAAAGCAGGUGCCCUGGGUGUUUCGUGGGGGGCGAGGGGGGAGCCCGCAGACACCCUGCUCCCGGCCCAAGCCCAGCCUGGGAAGGCUCACUGUCCUCCCUCCAUCCCCAGGACCACAUCAGGGCCCCCAGAAACGCUGCUGACCUUUUAUUACCAUUACUAGUGCCCCGGUACACAGAUUCAUGCACAUGAAGGGAAAUUAAUUAGAAGGUGGCUGGUGGGGCGGGACUAGGCGAGACAGGCCAGACACGCCCUGGAGCCAACCUCCCGUGGUCCCUCCCCGGCUGGCCACACCUGGGGCAGCGCUGGGCUCAAAGGCAUCUGCGGAGUGAGUGGGGCCCCUCUGGCAGGUGGGGUCCCUCGGCCUGGCCUGCGGGGAUCAGGCCAAAACUGGCUCUCUGACAUUCCCCGAGGGGUCCCGGAUUGUGAGAGGGCAGUUCUCGGGUGAUGCACCCCGGAAUCGGGCUCCCUCCUCCCUGGUUCCAGGGUGCAUCACCAGAGAACCACUGCUGCCAAGUCACCGCAGUUCAGCAGCUCCUGCAUUGAGCGUCUGCCCCCAGUGGUCAGCGCGCGUCAUAGCUACUGGUCAGACGGUCGGAUGGUCACUUAGCCUUUUAUAUAUAUAGAUUAUUUUACAAAGUAAACCCGGUCCUUUUUCCCUUCAGGGCUGACACCCAUCUGGUUGUCCCACCCACUCUUCAGAGUUAGGCCCCACACUUGGGGUUGGUGGGACCCUGUGUCCCACUCACCCCUCUGGCCUGUGGGACACCCUGGUUCUCUGCCAAGGUUGCCUGCCCACCCCUGCUGCUCCGGAAGCCGCUGCCUGACCCAUGGGCUCUGCCCUUCCUUUCUGCGCCCUCCCCUCACGGGGGCAGCGCCUGCAUGCACUGGGAGUGGGCAGCCGGCCCAGCCGUCGGGGCAGCGGCCCCCUCUGCCACGCGCUUUGUGCCUCCAAAGCCCCCCUCCUCGGUCUGGGCCUCAGGCCGCCUUCCUUUGUGGAGCACCUCCCACCCCAGCCGAACUGAGCCCCAGCUCCUGGGGCCUGGCCCGGGCUGCCCAGGGACGCCGGGGCCGUGGCCUGGGGGCAGGACGAGCCCAAUCCAAAGCCAAGCCGGGACUGGCCGGGACCCAGCCUCCUGAGCCAUGUGCUCACGGGCCACAUAAUGUCUCCUUAGAAACAGGCAAAGCUUUGCUGAGGAAAUAAACGUAUGACUCUAUUUGACAACAUAAAAUCUAUAUAUUUUUCACCACGGGAAUUGAGUGGAGCUGCAUAGCCCCUCUGCUCUUGUCUGUGUCUUGCUGUCUGUGGCCUUCCUGUUGUGUCUUGUUUUGGUGGAUGUGGUCAGGGCUGGGGCUACAGUCAACACUGUCUGCCGCCGGAGAAGCCACUGGUGAAGGGCUGGCCGGGCUCGGACCCAAGGCCUCUGGGUGAGGUGAGUGGGUCCAGCCGCCACCCUCUGUGCCUCCUCUGGCCUGAGACUAGCCUGUCUGGGUCCCAGGGGCCCUGCUCUCAGCAUUGAGGGUCCUCUCUCUUGGGAGGGAGGGGUCUGGUGGAGCCGUGGACGGGCAUUUCUUUGUGUUAGUGGAGGAGGCGGCUUACCGGCAGCCCUGAGACAGCCCCGGGGACCUGUUGGUCAGUGGCCCCCAGGGCUCCUGCGUGUGUACGUGUGUGUGCUCAGUGUCCGCAUCUAUGCAAAAGGUGCAGCGCUCCCUGUGCGGCUGCCGGCGGUGGAGUGGGGCCUGCCCCCUGACUAUGCAGGGCACAGGACGUGGGGCUGUUGAAUGCUCAUUCUGCACGUGUCUGCUUCACGCCUCCUCCCGUUGGGCUGUGACCUUUCCCGCCUGCCCUCCGCUUCUGGAGCAGAAAUCCGUGGGCCCCCCUUUCGCCAGCCUCUGCCAGGGCGGAUGGUUAGGUCCUACGGGACAGUGUUUCCAGGAGUCACUUUCUGGAAACGCUGGCCCCGUGGAGCCCAGCAGGGAAGAGUGGCUUCUUCAUUGUCGGGCCCGGGCCAGAGCGGCCCUGCUGCUCCUCUGGUCCAGGCUCAGGCCGGAGUCAGAGUCGGGCCAGGACUCCGCACACAGAGCUCGCCGGCCGGGGCGGAGUUUACUGCCUGUCUCCCAAGGGGAUGACUUCGAGCUUCACUGAACACCUUCCCAAUCGCCACUGGCUCAGCCAGCCGGCUGCAGCACAGGUAGCUGACGGCCUUGGGGAGGGGCGGGCAAAGGACAAGGUUCCGGGGCAAAGGUCUACGGAGGGGCCUUGCCCAGGGACCUCAUGAUCCCCUCUCUGACCUGGGGGCACAGUGCACCCCAGGCACAGUGCACACUCACACUCGGCCAUCCCCUGACAGAAUUCAGGGGCCCGGGAAGGGGGGAGGUGGGAGGGGCAUUCACUUUGGUCUCCUUCGUCCUUUUGUUCAGACAGUUGUACCUGCAGCAGACGACUCUGAAUUAAAGCAUGAAAACACACACG